AGAAGCACUGCAGCCCCAGAGAGGGAGAGAGGGAGAGGGAGAGAGAGGUUGGGAGCUGGGGAAGGUUCCUCGGGAUGCAUUCGGACUGCAGGCUGCUUCUGGGGCGCAGGCGAGGGAGAGGGGCAUGGUGAGCAUCCCAGGGAACCCGCUGCCCCGGGCGGCUCUGGCGGCCUCUUCCCUGUGGCUGCUCCUCUUCUGGCUCAGGAGGGACGCAGAGGCUCAGAAAGGUGAUGGAUGUGGUCAUACAGUUUUAGGACCCGAAAGCGGAACUUUUACAUCAAUAAACUACCCAUACGCCUAUCCUAACAGCACAGUUUGUGAAUGGGAGAUUCGAGUAAAGCCCGAGCAAAGAGUUCAACUUAAAUUUGGAGAUUUUGACAUUGAUGAUUCAGAUUCUUGCCAUUUUAAUUAUGUGAGAGUUUAUAACGGAAUUGGACCCACAAGGACAGAAAUAGGAAAAUACUGUGGUUUAGGCUUACAGAUGGACAAUUUAAACGAAUCAAAGAGUAACGAAGUUACAGUGCAGUUCAUGAGUGGCAUACAUUUCUACGGACAUGGAUUUCUUGCAUCUUACUCAACCACUGACAAACCAGAUUUAAUAACAUGUUUAGACACUGCAAGUCACUUCUCUGAGCCAGAAUUCAGUAAAUACUGUCCAGCUGGAUGUGUGCUUCCUUUUGCUGAAAUUUCUGGGACUGUUCCACAUGGUUAUAGAGAUUCAUCUUCACUUUGUAUGGCUGGUGUACAUGCAGGAGUAGUGUCCAAUGUUCUGGGUGGUCAGAUAAAUGUUGUAAUCAGCAAAGGCAUUCCAUAUUAUGAGAGUUCUCUGGCUAACAAUGUAACAUCAAAAGUAGGACCACUCUCUUCAGGUCUCUUCACAUUCAAAACUAGUGGUUGCUAUGGGACAUUAGGAAUGGAGUCUGGAGUAAUUGCUGAUUUGCAGAUUAAUGCAUCAUCAUUUCUCGAAUGGCCUGAGCAAAUGGGUCAGCCAAGCACCUGGAAGCCAGAAAGAGCCAGGUUGAAAAGGCCUGGACAUUCUUGGGCAGCUUUUACCAAUGAUGAAUAUCAGUGGUUGCAAAUAGACCUAAACAAAGAACAGCGAAUAACAGGUAUCAUUACUACUGGCUCCACCUUAGCAGAGUACCAUUAUUAUGUCUCUGCCUACAGGAUUCUUUACAGCAAUGAUGCACAGAAGUGGACAGUAUAUAGAGAACCUGGCAUUGAGAGGGAUAAGGUAUUUCAAGGCAACACUGGAUAUUACCAAGAAGUUCGUAAUAACUUCAUUCCAUUCAUUAUUGCUCGGUUUAUUAGAAUAAACCCUUUAAAAUGGCACCAGAAAAUUGCAAUGAAAGUGGAACUGCUAGGAUGUCAGUUUAAUUUUGUUCGAGCUCCAAGACCUACAGUACCUCCACCACCCAGGAGCAGCAAUGAUUUUUCUUUGCAGACUGAUAAAACAACCUUCACCCCUAAAAUCAAGAACACUACUGUAACUCCAAGUGUAACCAAAGAUGUGGCAUUGGUAGCUGUCCUUGUUCCUGUGUUGGUCAUGGUCUUUACCACUCUCAUCUUGAUAUUAGUUUGUGCAUGGCAUUGGAGAAACAGAAAGAGAAAAUCAGAAGGAACCUAUGAUAUACCUUAUUGGGAUCGUGCAGGUUGGUGGAAAGGAAUGAAGCAGUUUCUUCCUGCCAAGAGUGCAGAGCAUGAGGAAACACCUGUUCGUUACAGCAGCAGUGAAGUUGGUUGCCUUCGAUCAAGAGAAGUUACAACCAUGUUACAAACUCAGUCAGCAGAGUAUGCACAGCCACUUGUAGGAGGAAUUGUUGGCACACUUCAUCAGAGGUCAACCUUUAAACCAGAAGAAGGAAAAGAAGCAAGCUAUGCUGGUAUGGAUCUGUAUAACUCACCUGAACAAGAAAUUUAUCAUGCCUAUGCUGAACCAUUACCAAUAAAUGGACCAGAAUAUGCAACGCCAAUAGUAAUGGAUAUGUCAGGUCAUCCUGCAGCUGCUCCGGGUAUUUCAUCUGUAUCUACUUUCAAAACUUCAGGGAAUCAAGCCCCGCCGCUAGUGGGAGGUUACAAUAAACUUCUUUCUGGUACUGAUAAUUCAUCAUCAACACAUGUACUCUAUGAUACACCAAAGGGAGUGCCAGGAGUCAGUUCUUCUGAUGAACUGGUAUACCAGGUACCACAGAACACACAGCAUUCCACAGGAAAUAAAGAAGAUGUUAGUUAAAGUGACUUCUAAGAAUUCAGUCCUUUGGAAGUGAUGUAAGACAUUUUUGAUAUGUGUUGGGCAAAAAUGAUCUCUAGGCCCAGAAACAUGAGUAAAGUGCUCCUUUGUGGGUCUCUACACAACUACUGCUUUCCACAAAAUGAUGGGCUUUCCACUCGCUACUGAUGGAAACCGCAUUCUUUGUUCGACAGGCAUGAGAAGCAUAAAGAUGCUUAAUCACCGAGUGUAAUUAUGUAUGUCACUAAAGACAGCUAGAUAAUCAGCUUCCAUUGUGUGUUGCCAAAUUGCCAAAAAGACGGUACUGUUCUGGGCUGAUGCCUCAGUCACUGAUGCCUCAGUACUAGUAUUUCAUAUUAUUGUUUUAAUAGACAGAUCGUUUACAGAUUCGUAUUUCUAUAUAUAAUGUAGUUAAAGUGAAAUGACUGCCCUAAUUUCUGAAAAAGGAGUAAGUCCUUUUUCCGCCCAUUUUUAAAAAUAGGUCCUAAAUCCUUUUGGUAGUGCAACUAAAAUACAGUCACUGAACUCAUUGGAUGUUGGUUCACCAUUCAGGAAUUGAUUCAGUGUUUAUAUUCUAGCUGAGACUAGCCAAUAGGAUUCUAGAUGUAUAUGAAAAAGAAAGUUACCUGAAAUGGAUUAAAACAUACAGUAUGGUAGUGCUUUUUUAAAAAAAAAAUCAUGGAGAUACUUGGAAAAUUUUUUGGCAAUUAUUACUCUGCCAAACACCAGUGAGUAUUCUGUGAUCAUCCUUCAAGGGGAUGAUUUCAUUUAAAUGCUGUUUCGCUUGCUUGUUUAGAUAUUGCUGCUGUUAUUUCCAUUUACUAGGAAGCAGGUUUCCGAAAAAUGAUUCAGGCAUGUAUUUCGACUAAGACACACUAUUUCUCCAAAAUCAUUUCCACUUGCCUUUCAUCUCCUCUGUUCACCAAGUCUAUAGCUGGCUUUGACUUUCAGCCUCAGAUGCCCAAUACAAUAUAGCAGUGGUUCCCAACCUUUGGAUUUCCCAAUGUUUUAGACCAGCUCCCAUAAUUCCUGAUGGUUGGCCAAGUUGCCUGGUGUGUCUGAGAUUUGAAGUCCAAAAGAAAUGGAGGACCAAAGGUGGGGAAUCACUGCAAUAUGGGGAUAAAAAUACUGAUUUGCAUUUUGGGACUGAUGUGAUGUGAUCUGGGUAUUGAACGUGCAGUAGAAAGACCAAGAAUUAUUACAUGGCCAGAGGGGCUCUCUUAACUGAAAGUCUAGACAUAGAUUCUGCAUGAAAGUUGUAGCUAGGAUGACAUAGCUACAAUCUGUCUUCUGAUAUGAUUCCCUAAAAUCCACCUUAAAAGUCUGGCAGCCACAGCAGCUGAAGGAGUUCUGCAGCACUGGGAAGCACGGCACUGAAGACUGCAAGAAGCAGCAGCAGAGAUCCCCUUGUGGCCCUGAUGCAAUUGCUUGUCAUGCUGCACCUCACUGGUAGGAGGGGACUGAAUGCAUCAUCCUUCAACAUCCUGCUCACCGGUGCCUCAAAGGUUUUUCAGUUGGUUUGGUUGCCUGGCUUUUAAGGUGGGUUUUUGGGGGCCAUUGGCUAUACUGUCUAGUUUACAAACAGCUAGCAUAUGUAGUGGUUUGCGCAUUCAACUGUGACUGGAGACGACGGUUUGAAUCCCUGCUCAGCCAUGGAAAUUCACCAUAGGCCAGUCACAGGCUCUCAGCCUGUCAUAGUUUCACCUUAGGGUCACCAUAACUUUGAAAUGACUUGAAGGCACACAACAACAAAAAGCCAGUUUUUGACAGAGUUCCAGCUGUAAUUUGUAAAAAUCACAAAACGUUCUACAAUUUCUCCCAAUAGUAAAAAACUUGAAAAUAUUUUAAAUAAAUUAAAUGUCUUUUUAAGACAUUGUAAGGUGUUUAAUUCUGUAAAAUCUAAGCACAUAAACAUAUUGUGGGUGUAAAUCAAGGCUUCUGUACAUCCAUAUUUGCACAGUAGUCCCCUAAUUUUAGUUGUUUCUAUGCCUUAAGAAAAACAUGUAUACAUUCACAACCUAGAAGCUAUAGAAUGUCAAAUCUGUUGGCUAUGAAAUUUAAAACUAUGGACAUUUUGUGUAGUGUGCAAUAGUUGAAGAUUGUUUUGACUCACCCCUCCCUGGUUUGUCAAACUUUUCUUUUUUUGUCUAGGGCUAAAAAUACAUCACCUUCCAAAUUUUAUUGAGUAUUUUACCUUAUUUUUAUUUUAUACUUGAAGCAGGUAGUGGCACAAUGCAAAUUAUUAAGAACAUAACUAGAUAGCAUUGCAGGCCAGACUCCAUCUUUGCCACGUUUAAAUGCAUAUGGAGAAAAAAAGCACACGAGAAGAAAGCUUCGAUUUUAUUGUAGUAUGACAGCACUGUCUUGACAGUGUAGAAUAGAUAAAUGUGACAUCUUUCUCUAUAUGCAAUAGCCCAGUUUUAUGGACUUUAAAUGUUUUAUGAGUGCAUAAUUCAAAAUAACAUAUUGUAUUUUUCUUGUGGUCUGUAUUGUUAAAUGCACAAUAUGUCAAUCUAGGUAGCUGACAAGGUUAACCACGACAAUCACAGCUGUUAAAUUUAUGUAGUACACCUUAACACACCCAAUUUCAACAGCAUAGAAUACUGGUUUGUGCCUUGUUCCAUUUAUAUAUAUAUAUAUUAAUUUAUAAUAGUGAUACAUAACUUAUUUUUAUUCUGUAACUGCGGUACACCAAGCUAAACAUGGCCUAAGAAAAUUUUCACAAUAUCUGUAUAUAUAGAUUAUAUUCUAUGGCCUAUUCUAUAAAUUGAUCCAACUGCUAUUAGUAAAUAUUUGAUAAAUUGGGCUAAUUAGGUUUGUUAUGAAUAUUAAAAAUCUAUUCUCUCAGAGUCUAUCCCUUUUAUGUUUAUUAGACUCAUGUUGGACUAUUCUUAAAGAAUUGCAUUGUUGGAAAGGCUGAGCUCUCACGUCAAGAGAUGUAACUAUGGGGACAUCUCUAUAUGGAGAUGUCUUGAUGUUAGUUGUACUUUUGAAGCUGUGUAUCUACUGCUCCCAGUUAGGUUUGUAAAUCCUGUAUGGUCUUGUCAAAAACCUGUUACAACUGUCCAUUUCCAUAUUCCUGCAACCAGGAGAGGGCUGGAUGCAUCAUAACUACCUUCCUGUCUAGCACAUCAGAAAUGGCCAUUGGGGAGGGAAGCUGUGGGGCUUCAAAGGCAGGAUUUGUGGGGCAUUUUUGGUAAUUGUGAUUGUGCAACAACCAUAAAUGUGAAAAUGAAUAAUUACAAUGUCCUAAAUCAGGCUGAACAGCAUUAAGACUAUAGAAUUAACAGCGUUAAAAACAAGGUUAGUCUCAGCUCAUUUCCGAAUUCCUGGUGGAAUGCAAGAAUGUAGGUUUGAUGGAUACUGAAAAUUUCCUUAAAAGGGUGUUUUCUGUUCAGUGUAAACACAUGGUAGUUGUUUUUUUAAAGAAAUACGAGCUUUUAAAAAUAUUUAAUUUGAACCUUGGAAAAAUUAGGAGUAGUUUUAUCUGUGUGUACCAUGACAAAGUCUAGGGUUUUGUGUAUGUGAGGUUUUAUAUAAAACCAAUGUUUAUAUCCAGUACACCACAAAAAGCCACCAUAGGGCUGCAUUCCAAGUUUGUUUACUGGAAUUAUGCACACAGAUAUAUUUGUGCAAAGUGCCUAGUUAGAAGUGCAUGUCCUAAACCCAUUUUUUUUUUAAACAAACAAGCCAGCCCUCACCUAGAUGUUGCAGUAUAAGCCAGUCAACACAUGAAAUAUUACAAGAAUAUAAAAGGAACUGUGCAUGAAGCUUGGAAUGUAUCCAACAUUUAAUAAGUCAUUGUGAAAACAGCUUUCUUGGCUUACUGUCCUGUAUUUUAGACACUUAAGUUAUUGAUUCCUGAAUGUAAGACACACACAGCACAAACAACUAUCAUAUUACAUGUUUUUGAUUUUUGGUCCAAUGUUGGUAUUGUUUUUCUUAAAUUGAUGCUAGGGGUCUUUGUUAUAAGUGCAAGUGAGAUGGGUACAAAUAAUGUGUUAUUUUCUUAGAAUGUACUUUCUUACCUCAGCAUGUUCUGUAGUCACUCUGUAUUUGUAUAUGUUGUUAGAAUUUAGAUAAUAUGAAUAGCAAUGUUUAUGUAUGUGUUAAAAUCUUUUAAAUAAAAUGCACAAUGUGGAAGUUA